AUGGGAGUUAAACCACAGGCACCACUAAUUAACGGCCAAAUCACUGAGAUUUCACCAAAUGUUUGUGUUACAAGUCUCUCACCAAAUGCCUCAGUUAUCAUUAUGAGAAAUGGAACUAUAAUAGGUAGUGUUGAUAACAUUGACAAUCAUGGUAUAGUAUGGGUACCCUUUACUCAAGGCACGGUGCUUAUUCCUGGAGAAACUAUCAUUGUGCUUCAAAUGGUUAAUGGAAAUUUAAGCCCAGAGGCAGAAGCAACUGUUCGUUCAGUGACAACACUUCAACCUCUUUGCUUUAAUUCUCCUCUAAGCACUUGCAUGCAGUGGUUGAUUCUGAAUAAUAUGGAGCCUGGGGCGCAGGUAAUAAUCCGUCAAAACUUGUCUGAAAUUGGCAGACGUAACCCUGCUGUUAGGUCAUUGGAUUAUGUAGAAGUUUCCAAUCAUCCCAGUGCAGCAUUCUCAAUAGAAGCUUACCAGCAAGUCACGACUGUUAAUGGGGUAUUAACGAGUCCCAGCGUGUUUAGUUCACCUAUUGAGAUAGAAAAGAUUCCAGGGGGAGGUCGGUUACCAAAAUUAGAGAUAGGAGGAGACGUCCAUGCAUGCACAGAUUCUUUAGAUGUCAACAAUGCAAGGGUUACAGCACAAUUGUGUAUAGAAAACUAUAGUGGUACGAACAAGAACUGGUGGUAUACAAUUUUAAUUACUUCAGGUCCAAAAUUCCAUGCAAGUGGUAUUCCACAUUCGAAGAAGGGAACUAUGUUGAAGAUUUGGCAGCAGUUUCGUGAGGAGUGUGAGCAGAUUUCUGAUCCCCUCGAGUUAGAGGUACUUCCACAAGAGAAACCUCUCAAACCAAUUAUUAAUGCACCAUCAGGCGUGUGUUUGGACAUUGGUAAGGUGUUCUUGAGAAAUCUUGAACAAGAUGCCUUUGUACAGUUUGCACAGUGGAAGAAAAACCCAAAUGGAGGAGAUCCAUACGUACAAAUUGGUCUUCCGAUAAUAGCAAGCAAAACUGGUGAUGAUGUUUUAAUUCUUCCUGAAUUCCAAGGAAUAACUUUCGAACCAGGUGAUAGAUUGACUGCCAAGCAGAUAGCUUGUGGUGAGGAAAGUGAAUACGCUGAUCCUGUCGAAAUUCAUGAUCUCAAUAAUUCUGGUGUUGUCGGCCCCCUAGUAAUCUAUGAGCCAUUAUAUGAAUGCUCUCAACUUGUUUCCGUUAGAGGAGCAUAUCCCUCUAGCUCUCUGCAAGCUUACUAUUCAGAUGACGAUACUGUAGGGCUUUGUGAUUUACCUGUAUUGGUAGAUAGUGAUAAUGUAACACUACACCUUUCUCAUGUACUCAUGAAACAGAGAGGUAUCGAGAGAAAAGUGAAGGUAAAACAGACAGGUUGUAAUGCCGAUCGUGAAACAGAAGCAACAAUACUAGACCUACCUCACGAUGGCCUAUUCAUAAGUGUGUUACCGGAGGUGCAAAAAUAUGUUAGACCAGGGGCUAAUGAAGUACUGGUAACAAAUUGUUUACCUGGUGCUAAGGUGUACAUUCUGCAAAAAAGUAGCAAUACAUUAGUUGCUAACACUACUUCACUGGGUGAUGUUGCUAUACAUGAAAGGGUCUCUUGCAAUACCAGCAACCUCCAUCUACAAGAUGGUGAUGCAUUAUUCCCGAUACAAAAACUAUGUCAGUAUGAGAGCUACCAGAAUAGAUUUGUCAUUGUGGCAACAGGAACAAUGGAUGUGACUCACAAUUACAAUAAUUGGGCAACAGAACCGUUAGUGAUAUAUCCACAGACUGGUGGCUCCUUUACUUUGGAAGUAGCUGCUGAGGACCAUGACACUCAUGAGAAUGUUCCUAUUAAGCUCUUAAUACAUAGAGAUAACAUGGUGACAGAUAGGGUGUACAGGAGUAGUACAAGACAAUUUGAGAUAGGCGCUGAGGAUUUCUUUAACAACCUUUCUGGCAUGGCAACGUUGCAUUGUACAGUUCAAAGCGAACAAACAAGUGCAUACACUGAUGUUAAAUUUGAAGUAGCUUGUAUGUUUUUGGAUUCCAGUCUACAUCCAAAUAAUAAUUAA